GCUUGAACCUUUGACUGAGAGUGACAGAAGUAGAUAAAACGCAGUGUUGGGAUUCAGGGGGUACUCAAGGAUCCGCGCGAACUGGUUAUUGGAAAGUCGUGAUAAACCGAGAUCUCUUUCUUGUUUUAGUUUUCAGAAUAGGUGUCCUAAAUAUAAAUUGAGCCGGCGUACGAGAUCUUUCGUAGGUCUUUUAAAGGAGCACGGGCUCUUGUCUUUUAACUUGCACAAAUUAUUCUUCACUUCGAUGUUCAGUUAUGUAGGCGCUCGCCCCCAGCAGACAAUAGAUGAUAGCGGACAAACGACAAUUCUUUUUUAGUUUAUUGAACAGUAUACACGUUAAGGUUGUAUUUACAAGACUGGAUAAUACUACAGAGAAGGAGAAUUUCUCCAAUACUAAUAAUCAGCCUUUUUCUAUGUAUUUAAAAAUGUUCGUUCAAAUUACUAAUCUUUCCCUAUAAGUUCAUGGUUUUAUGAAAUGAGGGAACCUGUCCUUAACAUUUUGAAUCUCACCACUGCCUAUUGGCUGCUAAAUUUCCGCUUCUUGACGCAAUAAAAUUGUAAUAGUUUGUAAUAAUUAAUUCGAAAAUUGCUUUCGUAUUCGAUGAUUGGAACUGCGAAAGAUUUAUGCAAUGCAAUGAAUUUUCUUUCUUAUGUUAGCGAAAACGUAGUCCAGCCACACUAGGCCCUCAUCAUGUUUUAGAUUCUUCGUUAGGUAUACAGUGUGUUCACAUCCUGGGUAGUUUAUAAAUCAGCCCUCACCCCAAUUAGUCAGGCUACAUUUCUUUCCAAGACUUUAAAGUUGCUUUGACUCUGAAUGUAUGUUUGUUGCAGAAGAUGUUGGCAAUAGUUUAAUAAUGCUAUCUUCUAAGCAGGCAAAGUUACAAUGUGAAGGUGAACAACAUCUAAAUGAAAAAAGGAAACAGUGUAGUUUUUGUGGAGAAUAUUUUCGUUUUAAGAUAAGAUUGCAUAAACAUAUGUUGACACAUGAUGACAAACCUUAUAUGUGUGAAGUCUGUGGUAAAUCGUUCACCACUGAAUGUAGACUCAAGGACCAUUCGAAGACACACUUUGGAGUGGAAUAUCGAUGCCCCGUUUGUGAUAGAAUUUUCAGCGAAAAUGCAUUUAUGAAAAAGCAUUUGAAGAUUCAUAUUGUACAGGAGAAGAAAUACAAUUGCACUGAAUGUGGAAAAUCAUUCAGAUUCCAAACAGGCCUGACUAAACAUAAAAAAACUCACACUCAGGAAAAAAAUCAUCACUGCGAUAUUUGCGGCAAAUCAUUUAGAAGAAAGUCAGGUUUGACGAGUCAUACGAAUAUCCAUUUGCCAGAUAAUGAGAAGUCAUAUAAAUGCCCAAUAUGUGAAAAGGCAUUUUGGAAAAAGAUUCAUGUUGAUAACCAUAUGGUAAUGCAUUCGGAUGAAAAACCAUUCCAAUGCAAAGUAUGCUUGAAAUCGUUUAAACGGAAUCAGUCUUUGACACUUCACAUGAGAGUUCAUAACAACGAAAGACCGUGCAUAUGUAAAAUAUGCAAUAAGUCAUUCCGGAAACUUGCUCAUCUAAAAUCACACAUGAUAACACACACAGGUGAAAAGAAAUAUAAAUGUGAUAUUUGCGAGAAGAGAUUUGGAUAUAUCAACUGCUUGAAAGCUCACAUUAUUGCAAUUCACAAUCAGGAAAAAAAUUAUAAAUGUAAAACAUGCGGGAAAGAGUACGGGCAUAGCAAAUCACUAUACACACAUAAGAGAGUGUGCGUACCAAAGAAACAAUGUGGCACAAAUAUCAUUAGAGUUCUAUGUUUUACGAAUGUACUCAAUGUGGACUUGAAGUUAAAUACAAACUUGUAAUCCAGUCUAAAAUUCUUAAUAAAUUAUUUUAUUUUUAUUGCUAGAUUUAUGAUAAUCUUAAACUGCUUAUUAUGUUAAAAUUAAAGAAUAACAAAUAUGGGUGUUUAAUACACUGGAUACUGUUUGAAUUUCUUAACAAAUUAUUUUAUUUCAUUUGAUUACCAGAUUUUAUGAUUGUUCAAUAUGUUAAAAUAAUUA